ACUUAUGUUCGAAAAAAGGCAGUUCCGUUCGGUGGAAUUUCCAGUUUUCCGGUAAACGAGCUCGGUAGGAUUGGAAACAACUAUAGUUCUGUCGAUUGAGCUCAAGUAAUCAGUUGUGCUCCAAACACGGUCGUCGAAACAUCAAGAUGCUCUUCCAGGCGGUAUCACACGCAUCCUUAGCGAUUCUACUGAUUUACGCGACAUUGAGCCCUAAAGUUGAUGCCCUCGUUGAAGAUGGUUCCAAAGGACGAAGAUUCAUCUGCCAUUACACAACAUGGUCCCGUUUGCGACAAGGGGACAAAGCCUACACGAUCGAGGACAUACCCGGGCAGUUGUGCUCCCACGUAGUGUACAAUUUCGUCGCAGUUCACGAAAAAACCUACGAAAUUACUGCCAUGCAACCUGAAUUCGAUAUCGAAGAAAAUGGUUUCCGAAGAUUCGCGGCCCUGAAGGAUAGGUUUCCGAACAUAAAACUGCUGGCUGCCAUCGGAGGUUGGGGUCAUGGUGGUGAAAAAUUUAGCAAGAUGACAGAGACACGCGAUCGGAGAAAGCGAUUUGUGGCAAGUGUGGUGAAAUUUUUGCACAAAUAUAACUUCGAUGGAUUGGAGGUAGUUUGGUUGUACCCUGGAAACUUCGAACGCGGCGGCAGUGUUAAUGACAAAGAUAAUUUCUACUAUUUGAUUCGAGAGGUCCAGAAAGCAUUCUCGGAUGCAAAUCGAGAAUGGGAAGUGAGCGUGCAAGUGCCAGCGGAUAAGACACGUCUCGACGUCGGGUAUCAGAUCGAUGCACUUUGCGAGGCAGCAGAUUUCAUUCAUGUGAUUGGGUAUGAUUUACGUGGCUGGUGGAAUAAUUUUGCUGAUGUUCACAGUCCCAUGACAGAUCGUCCACAUGACGAAGGUAACUUCGUGGGAUUGAAUGUGCAAAAUGGAGUCAAUCAGUGGCUUCAUGGAGGCUGUCUUCCUAGUAAAGUAGUUCUUGGAGUGCCACUGUUUGGUCGUACAUAUCUUCUGGACACACCGGAGGGAAACAGCGUGGGAUCACCAACUAUAGGCGCCGGAUCUGCUGGCGAGUUUACCAACGAGCCUGGCUACCUUGGAUAUUGUGAAAUCUGUGCCAUCCUUCCAAAUAUGACACUGCAGUGGGAUGAAAAGGCACAGUGUCCGUAUGCCUUCAAUAGGGUCGAGUGGAUAGGAUACGAGGAUGAACGAUCUCUAAGGGCAAAAAUCGACUGGGCGGUACAGAAUCGCCUAGCCGGAAUAUAUGCAUUUGCGCUCGAUUUGGAUGAUUACCGUGGUCAAUGUGGAGAGCCGUAUCCGUUGACUAGGGUAAUUCAAAAAUACUACGAAGAAACUAAAAAGGAUACUUUGGUGACGUGGUCAAGUUCAUAAGAACAGAUGUGAUUUUAGUUUAGAAAACAUGAUUAUAAUUACCAGCUUACGUAAUGAUAAAUUAAAUAAAAUAAAUUUAUUUAUAAGGUGAUUUCAAAUAACAUUCUCAAAAACGUAUGGAUACAAAAAACGAAA